AUGGUGGCCGCGACUGCCACCCUGUCCGUGGCAGCUCUCCUUGCAUGUGUGGGUGCAACCUGCGCAUCGGAGAGUUGCCCUGACAGCGCGUCCUUGCUGGCGGUGGGUACCAAGAACACCUCGAACGGAGCCAUCAACGGGUUCACAUGGGAUGGCAAGUGCCACGCGGUGGAGGAAGGAGGCACUCUACGGGAGAACAACCUCAUCUUCGACCUUGGUGCGGAAGGAGCGCCCCUCUACUUUGAGCCGCAGACCUAUGCAGUCACGGACGGGCAGCCAGUUAAGGAGAGCUGCCUCAAGGUAUCGGACAAUCAGAUCACCUUCUAUGCUGGAAGGAAAGAGUCGCACUUCGUUGGCAAUGUUUUCAACUCGCACCGCGACUGCCACCAGUUAGUGGCCUCUGACGAGUGGACGUUCCCUGGUGUGCAGCGAAGGGAGUGCAUGCUCUUUCCGGGAAAGCUGAACUUCGUUUUGGAAGGAUAUCUGGGUGUGGGAUCCUCGAAGGUCCUUCUCCGAAUCGCCCAAGGAAGCUUGUUGAAUCUUGCCACCAACGAUUGGUGGCUGAGUGGUGAGCAGUGCCAAAGAGUCUGCGACCAUUCCUGUGAAAGAGAAACCGCCGUGGUUGUGCGCUGUGGUCUCCAGUGUGGCGAUUUCUGCUUCGUCUCAGGAGGAGACUAUCGUUUCAAGGUCAACCGCCGGCUUGACGGCUCAGCGUGCGAUGCUGCUACACUGUGCAGCAGCUAG